GAGGAGGAGCCUGUAUGGUGUAGGACUCCAGACAAAGGAGACAUAAACACGCUGACACUGGAUCAGUGCAGCAGGAAGAGAGGUGGACGGCUGGAAAGCUUUUAUUUUUGUGCAAAGACCACCAUCUUCAAGCCCCGGGCUGAUCCGGCUGUGACUUGGAAAGUUUUUGUGAGGGGGGGAUUUGUUUUGUCAGCCGUAUGGGCCCGUCUGUGAGCUGAGAUGGUUGUGUCGGGGCUGGGGUUGACUUAUGCUGCCCUCAGUGUGGAGAAGUGUGUGUGUUAGUGUGUUUGGGGAUGGAAAAGUGGGGCUGGCACGACAAACACCUCUGCUCUUAGCUUUACGCCAUGGGGGGUUGCCAUAGUUACCCCUCAGCCACAAAGGCAGACAGCAAGACUCAGCCUUCUGACAUCAGCGCGGAGAAACUGGGAAUCAAUAACAAUAAUCAGGAGCAGCGAGCAUACCUGCAGCAGCAGUAUGUGUGCCAGCGCAUCACGCACACCGACGUGUUCACGCUCGCAGCCCUGCCGCCUGGCGUCGACCAGGCCGAGUGGCUCGCCAGCAACACUGUGGCUUUUUUCAAGCAUAUAAACCUGUUCUCCAGCGCGUUGUCGGAGUUCUGCACGCCCAGCACCUGUCCGACCGCCUGUGGACCAGGCAACACGGUUUACUUCUGGACCGACGACCACGGCAGGAAGCUGAAGUGCUCCGCCCCUCUUUACUUUGACUACGCCAUGUCCUACAUUCAGGACUUACUGACUGAUGAAAAUGUGUUCCCUACAAAAGCAGGUGUUGUGUUUCCCACAGGCUUCAUCUUUCUGGUCCAGAAGGUCUAUUUGCUCCUAUUUAGGACUCUUGCUCACAUUUACUGGUCUCACUACAGGGAAGCACUUGCGAUGGGCCUGCACCCACACCUUAACACACUCUUCACACAUCUCACACUCUUCUGCCGACAGCACGCCCUGCUGGAGCCUGAAGACAUCCAGCCUCUGCAAGACCUCAUCGCGGCUCUAGGGCAGUAAGAGUGAACCUCCAAUUCAAUCACAAGUUCUAAAAACUCACAUUUUAUCAUUUUAAUUGUAUUUAUUUGUUGCAGUUUGUGGUUUGCUGCCACUCGGAAUCAAACUGUAAUCCCACAGUAUGCUUUUUUUUUUUUUUUCAUUUUAAAGUGAAGUGUGAAACUUUUAACAGUGCAAGAAAAAAGGACAAGAGCAUUUGGUUCCUGUUGUGUGAAUCGAUGUUUCGUUACUGUAUGUAUCAUUUAUAUCAAUGAUUAUAUUGCAUGUUUAUGUUUUGAACAUAAUGGUGCAGUUUUAUUUUGAGAAGGUCAAUAUUAACUUGACUAAUAAAAAAUAAUAAUAAUGUUACCUAUGUCUUUCUGAGGUCCACUUGGCCAAACGGUUAGUGCCAUCGAUGUAUCCUGAAGAUCUCUGAAAUCCUGUAUUCCUGUAUGUGUUGAUGCAAAUACUGUAUAAUCACACUCGUAAGGACAUGCAUCUUUUUGUAUAUGUAUUCUUUAAUAAAUAUUUGCAACAUUUUGUAU